GGGGGGGCUCAUAUUAUCAUGUUCCCCUAUGCAAAACAUGACUGAGAAACUCUCAGAUCAUCUUUUGUCUCUGUUUGAGUUUCGAAGCACACAGAAGAACCAGUACAGCCAACGCCAUGGGCCAGGGGAGUUCUCAUCCAAAGCCGUUCCCAGGAGACAUCCUGGAGUUUCCUCGGAAUAAAUACUUCUCCCAUUUUGGAAUUUACUACGGAGAGAGAGAUGGAGUGCCCUAUGUAGCACAUCUUACCUGCAGAGACUCGGAGACGAAGCUCCUGCUAUUUGGUCGAGCCCUAAAGUCAGAGAUCAAACUAGACCCAGUGGCGCUAGUGGGACAGAGAUACAAGGUGAGGAACAUGCUGGAUGAGGUCCAUCCUCCCAGGGACUUCUACACUGUGGUGAAGCCUGCUAUAGACGACAUGAUGGGUAGGGAUGUCACCUUCGACAUCCUGUUCCAUAACUCUGAACACCAGGCCACGCUCUUCAGAUACGGACUCAAGAAGUCCACACAGAUUGAGAAGGUCUACGCCCAGAUCCUGCCCACCUGGAAGGAGCUGUUUGAGAAGAAGAAGUUGUAACUAUGACUACAACAGUGUUCUAGAACUACAGUCUGAUCCUGCCCUACAGAUUCCUGCCAAUGAGGAACAACAAGGAGAAUCAUAACAGAUUGGAAUGUAUAGUUAAAAUAGUAUAUACAGUUGAAGUCGGAUGUUUACAUACACUUAGGUUGGAGUCAUUAAAACUCGUUUUUGAAUCACUCC